AAAGUCUCACUGUCAACUAAUUGAAAGUGACUAGAGUUUUUGGUGUUGAUCAAUAUACAACGUAACUUGUUUAAGAGAUGGCGGAUCAUCCUCGUUCCAGUGAGCAGCAGGAAGCCGAUGAUGCAGCUUCCAAAGGCUGUGGGAUGUUUGACUUUCUCAAGAAGAAGCCCGAAGACGAACCUUCCUCCGAGAAUGCCGUUGUGACGACGACCAAGGAAGACAAGGAUGCGGAGAAGCCUUCUCUCGCUGAAAGACUCCACCUUUCUGACAGCUCUUCAUCAAGUGACGAGGAAGCGGGUGGAAAUGGGGAAAAGAAGGAGAAGAAGGAGAAGAAGAAGAAGGUGUGUGGUCACAACAAGGAAGAUGCUCCAGAUCAGUGUGAAACAGAGGAGAAGAAAAGCAUCAUGGAUAAGAUCAAGGACAAGCUUCCUGCUGCUAAAGGUCAUGACCUAGCCAACAAGGCUGAUGAACACGAGGAUGGGAAGGAGAAAGGGUUUAUGGAGAAGAUGAAGGAUAAGCUUCCCGGGGGUCACCAUGGAAACCCUGAACCUGAACCUAAUCAUGUCAACAGCAAGGAGAAAGGGUUUAUGGAGAAGAUCAAGGAGAAGCUUCCUGGUCAUACCAAGCAUGAUCAUGACGAUGGUGAGAAGAAGAAGGAAACCUAG